AUGGUCUACCCAGAAUCUCAAGGCUUGCAAGGUGAUGAUGACAAUAAUGGUGGUGAUGAUGACAGUGAAGAAUCAGGGAACUGCCAUUCUGACGUUCCUUCGCCCUUGUGCAAGAGCAGCCACAGCACAGAUGAAAAUAAGACAGUGGAUCUGGGAGAACCCACACUUUUCCCAACUCCUGGGGACUCUUACAUGGUGAAAGAUAAACAAGUGGGGUUGGCCAAGCAUGUGCUGGAGCUUGAGGAGGGAGAUCAGGAGUUUCAGGAACCAUUUUACAAAGACAUGAGAAUGUCUGACAGCUUGGAUGGAAAUGAGCAGCCCAGCCUGACCUACCACCUUCCUGGGCAUCGGAGGUUGCCUGCCCCCCAAAACGCUGGUACAGCACCAAGUGGCUUCCGUGGCUCUUUCCAGCACAGCUCACGCCAGCACCUGGGGACAGAGGUUGCUGCCACACAGGCCCAUGCCAGUGAACACUAUGUGGGACACCCAGAGAACACCACGGGAGUGGAUCCACACGUGCUGCGCGAGGAGGACGGCGAGGACAGUGAGGACAGAGAGUCCCUGUCGCUGCAGCCAGCCUACGACUCGCUGUGGCAGGAGAACAGCAUGCUCAGGAGAAUGUUUCAGACCUUCCAGAACAACUUGAAGAGACAGGUGUGUAUGGUGGCGAGCCUGCAGGAUCAGCUGAAGUCCAGUUGGGCUGAGCGAGAGAGGGAAGUCCAAGAGCUCCAGUCCUUAGUCCAGGAGACUGAAUGUCAUCUUCAGAUAAUGACCCAGCGGGCUCUGAAUGCUGAAACAAACAUGGAGAGGCUGAAGCAGAAGAUCUUUAUUCUGCAAGGACAGCUGGAGAGAUGCAAGCUGGAGAAUGAAAACCUGAGAACAGAUUGGCUGGAAGCAGUGAAGCACAACUUAGACUUCACCAGGCAAAACCUCCACGAGCUCCAAAUGGGCAAAGAUGCCACCCUCAGGCAGUUCCUGCCUCAGAAAUGCUGCCCAUUGUUACUGAGGUCCUUGAAUCCACCAGAAAAAUUCUCAAAUUUUAAGCAGAGAAAGAUCUAUGAGUGCAGUUCUGUGUGA